CGAUCCAAAUUUGAAAAAAAAAAUCAGUCAGUUGCUAAAGCCAUCGCCGCCCAUAAGCCCUAGAACUCGAGAUAAAUGAAACCCCAAAUUACACGCCAAUACAUUGGCUGAAACAAAGUGGUUUCCAUUUUGGGUUUAAAUCUAUUUCAGAAAUUCAGAGAGCUAAAACGUAGAUUAAAAAAAAAUGGCGCACACAUGCGUUACGACAUCAGCCUCAUCGAUUCAAUUCAGUUCUCUGCUUUACAACCCAAAUUCAAGCACCAGUCUUGAUUCUCAUAACUUGUCCCUUCCUUCCCAUACUCGUCGUACCAGGAAAUUGAAGAAGCUAGUUAGUAAUCAAAAUAAUGUAGUAAUGCGUUUUCAGCCAAAGGCUUUUUGGGAUGCAGAGACAAGCUCUCGGAAGGGAAUUUGGUCAAUAACGGAUGAUUUGCAACUGCCAUCAUCGCCUUACAUUCCUAUGAAUGCGCAAGGGCAGGGGCCGCCUCCAAUGGUGCCAGAGCGUUUUCAAAGUGUUGUUAGCCAACUUUUCCAGCAUAGAAUAAUUCGAUGUGGUGGAGCUGUUGAUGACGAUAUGGCUAACAUUAUUGUAGCUCAGCUUCUCUAUCUUGAUGCUGUCGAUCCUCAGAAGGACAUUGUCAUGUACGUCAAUUCUCCUGGAGGAUCAGUUACAGCUGGUAUGGCCAUAUUUGACACUAUGAGGUAUAUACGGCCUGAUGUCUUGACUGUGUGCGUUGGACUUGCUGCCAGCAUGGGAGCUUUUCUUCUUAGUGCGGGAACUAAAGGAAAACGGUAUAGUUUACCUAAUUCACGGAUAAUGAUACAUCAGCCUCUUGGUGGAGCUCAAGGAGGUCAAACUGAUAUCGAUAUUCAGGCAAAUGAAAUGCUGCAUCAUAAGGCAAAUUUAAACGGGUAUCUUGCUUACCACACCGGUCAAAGCUUGGAUCAGAUUAACCAGGAUACUGACCGAGAUUUUUUCAUGAGCGCGAAAGAAGCAAAGGAAUACGGACUUAUUGACAGUGUCAUUAUGAAUCCUCUUAAAGCUCUUCAGCCACUAGCUCCUACAGCUGAUAGUAACGAAUAGCCGGAUCUUCCUUCAGGUAUUUUUACUAUCAUUUGACAUGGCUAAGAAAUAAUUCGAAAUGGUUGUUCGGUUUUCUGAUUGCCUCUUCGAAUACUAGAUAAUCUCGAGUCAAAUUUUGAUGUUAAUUAAAUAUACCGGUAUCGAACCUCGAAAAACAGGUUCCAUGUGAAUUUCAUGGACUCCCCAUUUGUUUGAAAUCACUAAAUAAUGAACUGAAAACGCCUUCACCGUGAUCAA